AUGGGGCUGAGCCGCAUGGCCGCUGCCCAGCAGCCCCCGGGGCCGGGGGUCCGCAGCCCCCCCCCGGCCCGCGCCCCCCGCACCCAACCGCUGCCUGCCCGCGCCAAGGCAGCCCCUCCCGGCACCAGGGCUGGCUGGGAGCAGCGCCUGGGUGACCCUUGGCCCCCCCAGUUCGGGCGCAGCAGACGGCGCGGCCGCGGCACGGGGACGGGGGCCGGUCAGCAGCGAGUCCCCUGGCCCCCGCGAUCGGCACAGCACGGCCCCAGCUGUCCCUGCGGACGGACGGACGGACGGACGGGCAGCGGGAGGCUCUGCCGGGGACCCCCAGUUUGCCGCCUGCGGGAUCCGGCCCCAUGGGCCCCCGUGGGCUCCUCCUGGGCAUCCUGGGGCUGCUGGCUCUGGGGGCCGGGGGGGGGACCGGGACCGCUGCCCGAGGACGCGGCGCAGGAGCACGGCUACUACCUGCAGCAGCUCUUCGGGCAGUACGGGGCCAACGGGACGCUGCCCUUCGAGGGGCUGGCGCGGCUGCUGGGCAGCCUGGGGCUGGGACGGGUGCAGGUGGUGCAGAUCCAGCACGAGGAGCUGGGCCACGGCCACGUCAGCCACCUCGACCUGCUGGAGGUGCAGGAGGAGAAGCACCGGCACCGGCACCCCGUCUGGGAACACGGCGAGGACACGGCACCCAGUGCCCCGCCACCCACCCGUACCCCCAGCCCCCGGCCCUCCCAGACAAAAAGCUGGACGAAGCCGGUGCCCGCCAAGCCCCCCGGUGCCGGGGCCACCCCUGGGAACCGUGGGGCCCCCCCCCCCCCCCGGCGGGACCAGCCUGGCCUGAGCCUGCUGGGGAGGAUGCUGGGCUUGGAGCACUCCAGCACCGACCACCCCCACGACGAUUGCCUCAAUGUCACCCAGCUGCUGGUGAAUUUUGGGCUGGACUCGGUGUCCCAGCUGACGCCGGAGCAGUUCACCCUCCUUUGCCCAGCCCUGCUCUACCAGAUCGACAGCCGUGUCUGCAUCCAGCACAGCGAUGAGGUGACACUGCCUCCCCCGGGGGGGGCCCUGUGGCCAGCACUGGGCUGGGGGCUCCUGGCCGUCACCUUCAUCAGCCUGCCCUCUGCCCUGGCCGUCCUCCUCAUCCCGCUGCUGAGCCACAGCUUCUUCCACUCGCUGCUGGCCUUCCUGGUGGCACUGGCCGUGGGGACGCUCUGCGGGGACGCCCUGCUCCACCUCUGGCCCCACGCGCAGGGGAAGCACCAGGAGACGCCGGCGGAGCCGGGGGCCGCGGUGCUGCAGGGGCUGGCGGUGCUGGGGGGCAUCUACCUGCUCUUCCUGGUGGAGCUGCUCCUGGGGAUGCUACAGCGGAGCCGGGACGCCACAGGACACUCCCCUGGAGAGGCCUCUGACGUGGCCACGGGGGUCUUGGCAUUGUCACAAGGCGGGGCUGAGCUGCGACACCUGACGGCACCGGAGCCAGAGCUGGAGCUCAAGCCCCACGGAUACCCCCACGGACACUCCCAUGGACACUCCCAUGGCCCCACGCCGCCCCCCAGCCCCAGGGCCACUGAUGUUGUCUGGAUGGUGGUGCUGGGGGACGGGAUCCACAACCUGACAGACGGGCUGGCCAUCGGUGCUGCCUUCUCCCACAGCCUCUCCAGCGGCCUCAGCACGGCGCUGGCCGUGCUCUGCCACGAGCUGCCCCAUGAGCUGGGUGACCUGGCGGUGCUGCUGCAGGCCGGCACGGCCCCCCGCACCAUCCUGCUCCUCAACCUGCUCUCGGCCCUGCUCUCCUGCCUGGGGGCGGUGGCGGGGGCGGCCGUGGGGCAGAGCGCAUCCCACCUCACCCCCUGGAUCCUCACCGCCACCGCCGGCAUCUUCCUCUACGUGGCCCUGGCUGACAUGCUCCCCGAGGCGCUGCGGGGUGCCGAGGGCCCCGGCGAGGGCACCUGGGGCCGCUUGCUCCUGCAGAACGUGGGGUUCCUGCUGGGCAGCGGCAUCAUGCUGGGCAUCGCCCUGGCCGAGGGACAUGUCCGCGCCUGGCUGCAGCCCUGAGCGGCACCGGGGCUCGGCCCUGCUCGCUCCCACCGCCGACCGGAGCGAGGAACCGCGGCCGGAGCCGGCAGCGGCCAAGCUGGAAGGACGGCAGGAUGGCGGGAGCCCCAAACGUGCCCUCAAGACUGGACUUUCUCCCCUCCUGUGAGACCCCCAGCGGCUUCUACCAUCCCCGGGAGUCUCCAUGGCUCAGCCCCUCCAUCCCUGCGGGGAGGGGACAUGGGGUCCCCUUGCCACCCCAUGUCCUCUCCCGGGGGACGGGGGCACCCGGCGCUCCCCGGGGUGGGAUAGCAAUGGGGUGCUCGCACGCCCGGCUCCGGGGGCAAGGUCGAGCGCGUUUCCCCUUCCCACUCCCCCUGGAGCAGCCGUUAGUGGAGAAAGGACGACAGGACAUAGAAGCAAUAGCAUUUUAAUAAACAUAAUUGAUUCAAAGCCA